GCGCCGGCGGCGGCCGCGCUGAGGGCCGGGGGCGCUCCCGGAGGCGCAGCAUGGGGCUCAAGCCGUGGCAGAAGGCGCUGUUCCCGCUGCGCUCCGUGGCCGCCGUGGUUCGGCUCUUCGAGGCCGAGCUGCGGCAGCCCGAGCCCGACCUGGUGCUGCUGUCGCUGGUGCUGGGCUUUGUGGAACAUUUCCUGGCCGUCAACCGAGUCCUCCCCACCAACGUCCCCGGGCUCACCUUCGAGUCCCGGCCCGGGCCCGACCCCCAGACCCGCCUGUACUUCCCGGUGGCCGAGCUGUCCAUCGUGGCCGCUCUCUAUGCCCGGUUCACGGCACAGAUCCGGGGAGCCGUGGAUCUGUCCCUGUACCCCCGGCCCGACGGCUGCUCCUCCCGGGAGCUCGUCAGGAAAGUGUCCGACGUCAUCUGGAACAGCCUCAGCCGCUCCUACUUCAAGGACAGGGCGCACAUCCAGUCGCUCUUCAGCUUCAUCACGGGUGAGGAGGGGUCCCAGGAGGGGUUGGUGGGGCUGGGGUCUCAAGGACAGGGCUCUGCUUCAAGGACAGGGCUCACAUCCAGUCGCUCUUCAGCUUCAUCACGGGUGAGGAGGGGUAUGAUGCCACCACCUCUGGGUAUGAUGCCACCACCUCUGGGUAUGAUGCCACCACCUCUGGGUAUGAUGCCACCACCUCUGGGUAUGCUGCCCCCGCCGCCCCCCCCUCCCGGUGGGCAGCCGCCGCCCCCCCCCUCCGGGCCCCUCCCCCCCUGGCAGCAGCAGCCGCCGCCGCCCCCCAGCAGCAGCAGCACCCCCUUGCCCUGGCAGCAAAAUACGACGACCACCACGAGCGCUGGCAGCGCCUCCCUCCCUCCCUGGCAGCAGCAGGGGGGGGGGGCUGCGGCGGGGGGGGCGGGGGCGGCUUCUUCGGGGGCCCCCCCCCUCCCCGGCAGCCCCUCCAUGGUGCCUUUGCCCCCCGGGGUUCAACCCCCGCUGCCCCCCGGGGCCCCCCCGCCCCCCCCGCCCCCUCCUGGCUCCGGGGGGCUGAUGUACGCCCCUCCCCCCCCGCCCCCGCCCCCCCCCAUGGACCCUUCUAAUUUCGUCACCAUGAUGGGCAUGGGGGUGCCCGCCCUGCCCCCCUUCGGCAUGCCCCCCGCGCCCCCCCCCCCCGCCCCCCCAGAACUGAGACCCCCUCCCCAAAAUACCGACAAACAGCAAAAAACGGCGGGGGAGCCCCCCGGAGGGAUUCAGGGGUCGGGUUUCACCGAGCCCCUCCCCCCCCACCCCCUGCGGCCGUCACUCAGCGCCGAGGUCACCGCGAAUGUCGCCGAGAAUGUCGCGACCUUCGGGCAGCGAUCGGGUUACUGCGGGGGGGGGGGAGGGGGGGAGAACAAACACAGACCCCCCCACACACACUGA